AUGUCUGGCCAACAUAAUACAGGUGACUGGUUGACACGCGGCAGAGCACCAGAGGAGCUGAACAACGAUUCUCAUUGGCGGAAUGGACCGCCGAUUCUAUACCGACCGAUAGAAGAAUGGGGAUUAAAGUUUAACCCAAAGAAAGAACCACUCCCCGGUGAAACGAAAGUCCAUGUUGUAGCAGCAGCGAGCGUAGAGGCAUUGUUGAUCGACUAUGAAAGAUUCAGCAAUAUCAACAAAGCUAUUUGGGUCGUCGCCAGAUUGCUAAACAUUGCGAAGAAAAGUUUUAAAGGCGGAAGGACUCUGUCCAUCUCGGUUAAGCAAUUACAAGAAGCCGAGAACUUUAUUGUUAAAGAAGUUCAGAAAUCAUUUGAAAGUGAACUGACAAAAACUGACCGCAAAGGCAGAAAAGGUGGUCGUGUCGCUUGUUUGAAUCCAGUCCAAGAUGAAAGUGGACUGUGGGUAGUGGGACAGCGCCUGAAGAACAUAAAUCCCAUGACAGUGGAUUCUUCGCUGCAAAAGCUAUUGCCCUACCGACAUCAUGUUACCAGAUUCUUCAUGCAACGAGCUCACACUUCUGGUCAUAGAGGGCGUGAUGCAACCUUAGCACGAUUCCAUCAACUCUACUGGGUAACCCAAGGAAGCAAACUCGCUCAAUCAAUCAAGAGUAAAUGUCAGAUCUGCAAGCUACGAGAAGCAAAGUUCCUCGAGCAGCAAAUGGGACAAUUACCGGAAGCAAGAUUGAAACCAUCUCCAGCUUUCAACCACGUAAUGAUAGACCUUUUCGGACCCUACUCGGUUCGUGAAGAAGUACAGAAAAGAACAAAUGGCCCUUAG